CCGUCGUGUCGAUUGUGUAAAGGUGCAUUUCAGUAUGGAGUUUGCCGUCGUUUGUAAAUCUCAGACGGCUUUACACUAGGUGGUGUACAGAAAAGAUUGUGGCCUCAAGCAGUUGAUACCAAGCACAGGCUCUCAGCACCUAUCCAGUGCUAUCAGUUUUCAGUGGUCACCUGAGGUGAAAUGCAUUGACAGGCAGGAGUGAUUCGCUGCGUUUCAAUUGCAGAUUGACAGGAAAAGUGCACUGCUCUGUGGGAGGGAGGUUUUCCAUCGCCUUCUCAAAAGCUGUUCCAUCGUUUUGGGUCGUCCAUCAAACCGGUCUCCCGUCGUGGACCGGAGCUUCUUUCGUGUCGUGUGUUUCUCAGCGUAUCAGUUCGGAUAGUAGUUCCAGUCCCGCCGUAAAGGGUUUCGGAACAGUUGCACUGUGAGCCACGGGUAGAACGCAUCGAUCUUUCCCACCCACUCCUGUUUUCCCCCAAUUCAUCCCUCAGCACACCCGCUCCCAAAAGUGGUCGGUUCGACGUGUGACACUUGAAACAUACUAGUGAUACCCGGCCGAAUGAACCGUACCCGGUACCGUGGCCGGAUGCAGAACACACCACACCGUCUACGAGUCCAAACGCCCGUGCCAAGGCCCGUACCGGCCAUCGAAACCUCCGUGCACAUCGAGUGAGACAAAUCUUGCCGGAAGAUUGCAACGCUAGCCCCGUAUCGAUUAAGUCGCUGCCGCAACAAUGUCCAGUCGCGUCCGGAAGCAUAACGAGCCCAUGAAGGCGUUCGUGCCAGUCAGCUCCCUUCUGCUGCGUGGUACCGGGUCGAUCCACUGCUCCGGUGGAAGCGGAACAAACACGGGGCAGCAAACGGGCAGCCCUAUCGGAUUCAAUAGUAACGCCGGUGGCAGCUCAUACCCCUCGGGAGGCAAAUCCCUGUCGGCAACUCUAUCUCCGCCCGUGCGCUACAUCUCGCCGGAGCAUGCCAUUUGCGGUAAUCGGAGUCCUGGGGCACUAGCGUGCAAAGGGAAAUUCCCCAACAUCAAUGAGGGAUGCAUCAGACGCACGGCAUCACUCGAUGCACUUUACCUGCGGCCAACGCCGGCCUGGAGCCUUAUCACGCCGACGCUACUGCAGCUGGACAAGGCAACACAAACGGAGGACUCGUUCCUCGAGCGAUCGCGAGGCGGUACGACGAUGCUGACCGGAUCGACCGCGCAAACGCCGCACGAUGCGAUUCCCGCCUGUUCGUCCAACUCGUCGUCGCCGGUGAUCACGCGGACCGACGUAACGACACCGACUGAUGUGAAGAUGGAGAAAGUGAUAAGACAAAGACUGCAGCGUACACACCGCGGCGAACAUUCCGUUAGCUCCCAGACGCUUAGCCCCAACCACGCUAAAGCAAGCCCAGUGUCGAUACCACCACGUACCUGUCCACCCGUACACAUACGGCCAAUGCGCAACUCCGUCGAAGGCUUGAAUCAAGAGAUCGAAAAGUUGGUUCUGUUUCCGGGCCAACAGCACAGCUGCCGGUCUGAGCUGGAAAUGUACUCACGGGGAACACCGGAAGGACAUCGGGCACCGUUGGCGGACCUUUUCCACGCGUCCGGCACCGUUUCGCUGGUGAGCGGACAAGGUGACACCCGGUCGGUCAACACGCAAACGCCGCUGGGCGACACGCUUUCGUCGGACGACGGCAGCCAAAGCACCUCGCCGGACGAGGGCGCCGUGACGACGAGUGCAUCGCCUAGGAUCAACAAAUUCCUUGCCCGUGAACCUCCAGAUGGUUGUGAAAAGGUUAACCUUAAACUCACUGAAGCCGAUACCAGUACAAAUACGGCAUGCUUCAAACCGUGCACCACCGCAUUCCAGCUGAAGCCAUCGCUAGGCUCCGCAUUCCAGCCGCUGCAACCCUUGCCGACGCUCAUAACUACUCCGGAAGACGACGGUGAUGAUGGUGGUGCGGCUGCUACCACCGCCGAUGCUCCGGAAUCGACGGAAGCAGCAGAAACAUCCGCUACGGAGUAGGGGAAACAUGAAAACUUACCCGGGCUAAGCCCAUAGUAUGACUUGCUCGUGAAAGCAGGCGAUUUGUGUUGAAUUAUUUCUCUUCGAUUUUGAUUGCUGUUGCCAUUUUGUUACUU